UCCACCUGGAAUGUGGGCCAAACUCGGAUCUCAAGGUGCAGUCAUAUGACUCCCAGAUGGCUGAAUGAGGAUCAACAAAGCUGCAAAUGGUCUUCUGAAACUAGUUCUUUUCUGUGAUCUUGACGGAUUGGAAUCUGUUGGAAGAAACCAGUCCCAGGCUGGUUUCAGCUGUUGCUCAGACGCGCUGGGAUCCGAGCUGAGCUUCGGGAAGAGGCGUGUUGUUUAGGGAGUAGUGGACAACAGGAGGAUGAUAGUUUGUUGCCUGUUGAGGCUCUGCGGAUUCAGCUCUUCUUUACCUGUGCGUGGCGUGAACACCGCAGACACACAUGGACGACUUGAAUCAGGGGAGUCCACUGCAGGCAACGGGAGAUGAGACGAGCUCAUCGGACAGUCAUGGACCACACGUCCCCUCCCAGAGGAGGGUAGCAGCGGUCAGCUCUCCUGCUCUGUCCGCCGCACGACUCACCUUACCGGGGAUUAUGGACGCUGAGGGCAGGGUCGACGAGUCAAGACUGAGGAUGCACAUAUUCAAAAACGGUGGGGUGUCUCCCUCUGAGCGUGGCCUUGUGUGGCGUUUCCUGUUUGGGAUGUACCCGUGCACCUCCACGGCUCUAGAGCGCUCUCUGCUGCAGGAGCAGUUGGUCGUACGUUACGCGGUCAUGAAGAGGAAGUGGCAGCAGUUCCUACCUUCAGCUGUGCAGAUGCACCUCAAUGGCACUGAUGCUGAGUUGGUGGUUGCUGUCAGGUACUUUGACCAGAGGCAGGCACAAGUCCAGCAACAGACCCAGCACCAGUCUGAGGAGGUUAGAGACAGACUGGCCUUCUUGGAGCUUCAAGCACAGAUAUUAUUUGAGCGAGUCACAUUUGACCAGGAAGAGCUUCAGGAAGCCGUACGAAUCAUUGACAAAGACGUACCAAGAACUAACAGAGACCUGAGCUAUUACCAGGGUGAAGGUUCAGGUAACCUGUUGGUGUUGAGAGAUAUCCUCAUCACUUAUGCUGCUUUUCAUCCAGAGGUCAGUUAUGCCCAGGGAAUGAAUGACCUGUGCAGCCGGUUCCUGGAGGUUCUCGACUCUGAGGUCGACACUUUCUGGAGUUUCUCUCGCUACAUGGAGAAAUUCUCCAAGGACUUCAGGGCUGAUGGCCUGUGCAGAAAAAUAGAGUUGGAAGCAGCCCUACUGAAGGAACUGGACCCACAGCUCUAUGCUCACUUAGUCACAGACAGCAUGGAGAGCUUCACCUUCUGCCAUAGGUGGCUGCUGCUAGGUUUCCAGAGGGAGUUCGAACACAGUGACGCACUACGUUUGUUCGAGAUCCUGAGCUGUGACCACCUGGAGCUUAUCUCCCAACAAGUAGACCGAGCCAGGUAUCAGGAAAGACUGGCACGAAAAUACAGCACAGAGGACAAUUCAGAGUCAGAGCUGCAGACCAUCAAUACUGACUUCACCUUUGAGCUCUUUAUCUGUGCAGCCAUCCUGUUAGAGAACAGAGAGUCUCUGCUGCGGUGUCGAGACGAUGUACAGCUCAUCCAGUUUACUAGCAGCCUUCAGGGAAAACUGGACCUGAAUAGCACGCUGAAGAAUGCAGAGCACCAUUUCUACAACUACUGCAAACGCUGUGCUUGGGACUAUAUGAACGGCCGCUGUAGAGCACACAAAAGCAAAGAAGAGGACUUUCUCUAUCAGCUCCGCAGUUUAUUUGUUUUAAAGUGAUUGCCACUAACAGGCGGCACGGUGGUGCAGUGGUUAGCAGUGUCGCCUCACAGCAAGAGGAUUCGAACCCACCCUUCUGUGUGGAGUUUGCAUGUUCUC